AUCGGAAUAGAAGAGGUGGUGUAUUCAGCUAUAAUCGACAUGCAUACACUUAUUCCUAUUGGUUUGGGGUGGGUGCGGCUACUUUUUGGUUGGUGAGAUGGCAUCAGCAGCUGCAGUAGUUCGCAAUUAGUCCGUCUGUACUUUUGUGCACACCGAACUAGACCGCUGUCAAGGAAAGUGGAUUUUUUGCUUGAUUCAAGUCUUUCUUAACACUCCGCAAGUAGUCCGGUAACUUAUCAACACCACCGUGUCCGGUUGAUAAGCGACGUCAACGUCUUUGGCAGACUAUUUCUCUGUUGAUCAACACUACGAAUGAUAAUUGUAAAAAGACACACCGUCUGAAGAUAUUGUUUCGUUUUGGCAAGGAGCCGUGUAAUAAGCGGGAUAAUGUAUAGAACGUCGCCGGUCAUUAUCGAAAAUAAUACCCUUCAGGGCGAUGCAAGACACCUCCGCUUCCCGUCAGGGUCCGGUUCGCCCUGUCGGCGUUCUGUACAACAUUAUCCCUUACAUAUAUCAUAUAAGUCCAGACCAACAUAACGGUUGUGUGUGAGAAACAUACCGACGUACGCUUACCACUUUUGUAAAUGCCAUAUAUAAUACAUUCGGAUUGCAUGAUAGGAAUAGAUCUGUUUUGAUUAGAAAUCUAAUCGGAUCAGAAGUGUCAAAAGCCGCGUUUACAUGGACACUUCUUAUCCGUUAUAUACACUCCAUAUUUAAUUUCUCCCGUCUUUUUCUCCACAAGCCGAGGACUGUCGGCAAGCGCUUCCGAACCUGUCGCCAUCUCGUUGCGUCUCACUCUUACUCGCUCGGUGAACUGCCUGCUGCUGCUGUGUGCGAGCUGAGGAGCAUGUCCAUGGGCACGCCCACUGACUAGCCCCUGCGUGCAAGGAGUAUGACAGAGUUGAUCCUGCUUAAGUCCUUCCGUUCAAAGUAUUUUUUUCUUUCAUAUUUUUCUAUUUUUUUUUAAAUAAAAUCAUUCUUUCUUUUUUAUAAAAGUAUCGAUACUAAGAAAUUAGCGUAUCGUAUCGUUUUUUUGCGUGAGGGUAUCGUGAUACCUUGUUAAAGUUCACAACCCUGUGCAAGUUCACAGGGUUCACGCUAGACUUUUUCUUGGGCGGACAAAUGUCCGACACUAUUCCGCAAUAUCGGACAUUUGUAAUAUCUUCCGGGACGUUAUUCACUAAUAAUUUAAUAAUCACCAAAAGUCCACAUUUAAACGACAAACGAUACAAACUAAGUUGCUUCAAUAAAUGCCAUUUAUUAAAUUAGCCUAGGUAAAAAACAGCCAUUCUCGGCAAAAAUGGUAAACGGGUAAAAAAUUAUUAAUUCGAUAAUUGCAAUUCUUGCAGGCUACUUUCGGCGCAACUUCAUGGCAUGGAAGUGCUCCGCUGCUCGCGAAAAGUUGAAGUCUUUCAACCCCGGCCCAAGGCUCGAUAUGCGCAUCAGCCUCGUCACCUUUUCCUCAGCUAGGCGUUUCUGAUGGAUGUUUUAAUCCUGUUUUGGAGAGAAAAACCUUGUUCCGCAGGAACACUGGACACGGGGAUUGUACUGGCGAUUUUGGCCAGCUUUGCCAAGUCGGGAAAGAUUUGUGCGUUCACACCAAACGCGACGGGGCGACAAGAUCCCAUACAAAGUGAACGUAGAGACGCGUAUCGGGCACAUUUUUCGCGAGAGAAGACCGGCGACAAGUUUUGAUUUGUCGCGCCACACUUUCGCCGUGCACAGGCGAGCGCGUUCAAGAGGAUUUGUGCCGUGACAAAUUUGCUCGAGCUGAAAUAUUUCAACUUUGACGCGAAUUUCGCGUGAUGACAGCCAAUCAGCGUUCAAUAGCGUGGGCACUGAGUGACAUUUGUAUGCAUGUGCGGGUGCACUGCGCGCGUUCAUGAAUACACGUUCGUGUUUGCCUCCCUGGUGAGCUCGGCCAGGAACCGCUACUGGUUUUCAUAUGCUAUUGAUUAAUUCAUACAUAUUAUGCGAACUUGCGGUAUAAUAAAAUAUAAACAGCCCACAUGCGACAUGUGGGCUGUUUACAUUUUAUUAUACCGGCCAUGCGUGCGUGCAAUCGGCCAAUGUCCGGCUAUAGCCGGCUAACGUGAACGCUGCGUGCAACACUACUGCUCACUUUCUUCAGUAUUUAAGGAAGGAAUGCAACCAAAACUUGCAAAGCUGACCCAACCUCUAGGCAUGCACUUCUCCUUUUAUGAUGAAUUUCAGCCUAAAACCUUUUAUUUGUUACUAACCAUUAUUUGGUUUUUAUAAAUUAUGUCUGGGUGGACUGCAAAUGGGGUCACCCUUUGUGGCACUCCAAGGAAAUGGUUUGAAAUAAACUCUCAGUUGAAGAGGGCAACGUUAACAUGGCAAUAUAUUUCAGGUAGAUGUGUAAAGGUGUAAUCUUUCCUCUUAACACAUUUUGUUUGUACCUAAUGGUAGGCUUGAGGUUAAUUUGACUCACCUUCUGGGGUUGUAACCGUUGAUCGUUCUGUAGUCUGCGGAGGUGCCAUCAGAGACCUGGCCCUAAUGUUCAUGGUACUUGCCAUGAAUUUUUCCAUGACAUUUGCCUUGCUUUGACAUUUGGGCAGGGAAGUGCAUCUAAGCCAUUAAAAUAUCCCUGGGAAAGGUCAGUGUCCGAUUAAUAAUGCAGCAAGCAACUAUUGGCAAAGACCGCUUAUUACCAUGUUGUUUGAGGGCUGUCAUUUGAACCCGUGGGCUGCCUGAGGAAUACUGCAGAUACACCCUUCGUCAUUAAAUGCUGCCUUCCUUUGGCCUUUUGAAAUGAAAUCCUUAAACAGACUCCUUUUUGUUUCAGCGUACUCUACGGUCUCCGGAGUGAACGGACCCCUGGUGAUUCUAGAUAAUGUGAAGUUCCCCAGAUAUGCUGAGAUUGUGCACCUGACCCUGCCUGAUGGAACCAAGAGGAGCGGGCAGGUUCUUGAGGUCAUCGGGAGCAAGGCUGUCGUCCAGGUGUUCGAGGGCACGUCGGGUAUCGACGCGAAGAAGACGGCCUGCGAGUUCACGGGCGACAUCUUGCGUACGCCAGUCUCUGAGGACAUGCUGGGGCGGGUCUUCAAUGGAUCUGGGAAACCCAUCGACCGCGGGCCCACUGUGCUGGCCGAGGACUAUCUGGACAUCAUGGGCCAGCCAAUCAACCCCCAGUGCCGUAUCUACCCUGAGGAGAUGAUCCAGACCGGCAUCUCCGCCAUCGACGGCAUGAACAGCAUCGCCCGAGGCCAGAAGAUCCCCAUCUUUUCUGCUGCUGGUUUGCCCCACAAUGAGAUUGCCGCCCAGAUCUGUCGGCAGGCUGGCCUGGUCCAGAAGUCGAAAGACGUCAUGGACUACACCUCUGAGAACUUCGCCAUCGUCUUCGCAGCUAUGGGGGUCAACAUGGAGACUGCCCGCUUCUUCAAGUCGGACUUCGAGGAAAACGGUUCCAUGGAUAACGUUUGCUUGUUCUUGAAUCUGGCCAACGACCCCACCAUUGAGCGCAUCAUCACCCCCCGCCUGGCGCUGACCACUGCGGAGUACCUGGCCUACCAGUGUGAGAAGCACGUCCUCGUCAUCCUCACUGACAUGAGCUCCUACGCCGAGGCCCUCCGAGAGGUGUCUGCAGCCAGAGAGGAGGUGCCCGGCCGUCGUGGCUUCCCUGGAUACAUGUACACCGAUCUGGCCACAAUCUACGAGCGUGCCGGGAGAGUGGAGGGCAGGAACGGCUCCAUCACCCAGAUCCCCAUCCUCACCAUGCCCAACGACGACAUUACCCAUCCCAUCCCUGACUUGACUGGUUACAUCACUGAGGGACAGGUGUAUGUGGACAGACAGCUCCACAACAGACAGAUCUACCCCCCAAUCAACGUGUUGCCGUCCCUGUCUCGUCUGAUGAAGUCUGCUAUCGGUGAGGGCAUGACCCGCAAGGACCAUGCAGAUGUCUCCAACCAGCUGUACGCCUGCUAUGCCAUUGGGAAGGACGUCCAGGCCAUGAAGGCUGUGGUAGGAGAGGAGGCCCUGACCCCCGACGAUCUGCUCUACCUUGAGUUCCUGCAGAAGUUCGAGAAGAACUUCAUUGCCCAGGGCCCCUAUGACAACCGGACGGUGUACGAGACGCUGGACAUCGGCUGGCAGCUGCUGCGUAUCUUCCCCAAGGAGAUGCUGAAGAGAAUCCCCCAGAGCACCAUCGCCGAGUUCUACCCCAGGGAGUCCGCCCGCGCGCCACUAAGGGCUGCCCCCGCCCCUCUCCUCCACCAUCCUCCCCCUCUUUGUCUCUGCCCCAGCCGUCUGCCUCCCUCUUGCUCCCCCCUGAAGACGUCCUUGAUUGAACAGGGCAACGUCCCCCUUUAG